AUGUCAUCCGACGAUGACAAGCCGUAUUGCAUUUGGUAUCCAGACGUGGCUAGCGAAGAAACGUACCGCCAACUGGCAAAGCGUUACCCCGACAUGCGGUAUGUGGUCGGCCGGGCCUGUGCCGUAGCUGGCUAUGCCGGCCUCUACGACGAACUCGGUCUCCUGCCUGAAAUCUCUAUCGCGGAAGAGGCCAGAGACAAUUUCUCAAACGAAGGAUCUAAAGCCAUAUUCGACGCGAUAAUGCACCAGCCUGUGUGCUACAAAAUUCUCGACGACUACUCCCGGUCUUCCCACCCCGACAGGCCGACCUCGCCCGCGUUUAUGAAUGGUGACACAGCUGUGCGGUCCUCGUUGGACGUCCGACUCGGGCUAGACAAGUACCAGGAUUGGGGUAAGCACUACUUCAACAUCGCCGAAGACUACAACAUCGACGAAACCUCAUCGGAAAAGACCAACAAGGAGGAACUCGCCCCUGAGCACAUUGCGUUGUUCUACACGCCCCUCCUCUCGCACCUGCCGACCACCAACAAGGAUGCUUUGAUCCUCAUGGCGGCUUAUGAGGGGAAUAUUGAACGAUAUGUCCGCCUCCGCCGGCCGGAAAUGCUCCACGACGAACACGCGGCCGUCCUUCGCGGCAUCUACCACAACACCACCUUUGCCAAGUGGUGGUAUCUGCAGGAAAUUGACCCAAGCAACCGCUCCAUCAGGACUGCUGCCCUGGCGCGCUUCAUCAUGGUCAACGACCUGUCACACAUCACACCCUCCAGCCCCAGCAAACACCAAGUGCCCGCGAUGAUCUGGUGGCCCCUGAUUCCAGAGGAAGAGACGCUGAAGGAGCUCGUCCACCGCCGGCCUGAUAUGAAGUUGCAAGUGGCCAUGGCAUGCAUCGCUGGCGACUACAGGGCUCUCUGGGAGGAUCUCGCGCCGCCCCCGUGCUCGGAGCUCUGGGACCAGGCGCGGCAGGCACAGACUCGCAGCUGGCCAAACAGCCCCAACAGAAACUACUAUGUCGACUACCUGGAGCAACAUGCCAAGGAACUGAAGUGCGAUAUUGUGGACUUGCGAACAAACUCCGAAUGUGAGGACGCGGCGGUCCGCAAUAAGGAGCCGACGACGACGUGGCUCGACUCCGGGAUCUAUGCCCAUGAUUUUGCGCUGAUGGACUCUAAUCCCGACGAGGACGUUUAUUCGACCACGGGUCAGGCUAAUGCGGCUAGUUGGGAGUUGUUGAUAUGCUCAAGCGAGGAGAUGAGGCGGCGGGCGCGGGAGGAGAACGGUCUUAGACUGUACGACGACUAG